AUGUCAGAUAAAUUUAGUAUUAAUGAAAUACUCAGAUCAAAUUAUGAUAUACCAUUGACAUUUAAAGAUAAUAAUAAAUCUAAAGAAAUACUAUUACCUAUAACAACUAUUACAUCAUCAAAUUCAAUGAAUCAUAAUUAUUCAAUUACAUCAUCAAUUCUAUCAAAUAAUUCAUUGAAUUCAAUGAAUUCUAAUAGAAUAAUACAACCAUUGGAAUCAUUAACAAAUGAUAAUUAUAAAAAUAUUGAACAAAUUAUAAAUUCCGCACAAUUUAAACGAUUUAUAAAUAUAUUAAAGUCAUUUAAAUAUACAACCAUUAAUAAUAAUAAUGGUAAUGUACUCAAUGAAUUAAAUACAAAAUAUAUAGAAGAAUUUAAUGUAACAAAUCCUAUAAUGAUGAAAUAUUUAACAUAUAUGCUUACUAAUAAUUCAAAAGAUAUCCUAAGUGAAUUAUCCAAAAAUAAUCUUAUUGUUGAACCAAGACGCAUUGGACAUCCUUAUCAGAGUAGAAUACCUAGGAAACGGAAAAAACCAAGAGCAUCAUUCACAAGAUAUCAAGUGACAACACUCGAGAGAAAGUUUCGUCAACAAAAGUACUUGGCUUCGACAGAGAGAAAUGAACUAGCAAACUUAUUAAAAAUGACUGAUGUACAAGUGAAAACAUGGUUUCAAAAUCGUCGAACGAAAUGGAGGAGACAAACAAAUGAGGAACGCGAAACAGAAUGGAGGGCCACGGGACGUUUUUUGAUAAGUUUACAUUCUCAGCUGAAUUUACUUAAAGAAAACCUACAUAUGAGUAACAAUCAAACAUUUUACUCCACGUUGAGUGGUUAGAUAUAUUGAAGAAUAACUGAAAUCAACUUAAAUAUGUAAACUAUUAUGCUGAUGUUCCUUAAAUUGACAGUUUUUUUCCUUAUCGUUCGGUCAUACACUCGCCUGACCUACUGAAUUUGUAAUUUUUAAUUGAGAUACACGCUUGUGUCAAAUCAGACUGGAUCGCCAAAAGGAAUAUUAACCCUUAAUCUUCAUAAAAAAUGCAUCACGUAUAUAUAUUAUAAAUAUAUAUAACUUUUUUCUUCUCGCUAAAUUAUCUUUUAUUCAUGGUGGUCUACAGGAACUAGAAAACGACGUGAAAAAACAAAUUCAAUAAAAAACUGUCAAGAUAAUUAUGGACAUUGGGAAAACUGUGAGAAUGAAC